AUGGCGAAGUGUAUUUUAUCAAGACUAUUCUCUUGCGCCAGUCCCAGCGACAUCACCGGCGACGGUGGUAACAGAGAGGUCAGCACUUCGUCGCGACACAGCUUUUCUUGCAGUCUGAUGGAGGAGAACGUAGCUAUUGCCGAGUCUACCAUUGCCAAAUGGGAUUUCGACUCCUCCAACUAUUCGAAGCUCACCUCUCUCUUCGCCGCCUACAACGAUUCGUUUUCUAUCCGCGACCAAUCUCUCAUUCGCGCCAAAAAGCUCAUGCAGACUGCCAUACGCCGCCUCGAGAAGGAGUUCCACCACAUCCCUCCUACCAAUCGUCAACAUAUCGACUCCGUUAGCCGCUCAUCCUCAUCCUCAUCCUCAUCCUCAUCCUCAUCCUCGUCCUCUGACGAAGACGAUAUCCAUCCCUCCACAUCUGACGCCAUCGCUGAACUUCGCUCCAUCGCGGAAUCAAUGAUGGCUAAUGGUUAUGGCAUGGAGUGCAUCCGUAUCUACAAGCUCUUACGCAAAUCGAUCCUUGAGGAAGCCCUAUUCCUCCUCGGAUUCCACGUCCACAUUCCUUUUUCCAACUUCCACAAGAUUGAUUGGUCGGUCCUUGAUCUCAGGAUCAGUAUCUGGCUUGUUGCCGCUCGGAUCACGUUCCCCUCCCACUUCGCCGUGGAGCGCCUUCUUUGUAACCAUGUCUUUGAUCCGUCAGACUCUGACGACAUCGAUCUAACCGAGUAUUGCUUUGCCGAUGUCACAAAUGCCGGCGCCCUCCAGUUUCUCUCCUUCGCCGAAUCCAUCGCUAAAACAAAACCCUCCCCUGAAAAGCUCUUCAGCAUCCUUGAACUUCCCUGA